AUCUUAUUUUUAUCCGAAAAGAUUUCUAUACAAUAAUUUUUUCGACUAUGGCUAUUUAAUUAAAGAUUAGCAAGAGAAUUUUCUCCUCUCUUUCACAUACUAAUUAUAUUGAAUUGAAAUGACUUAACAUGAAUGAAUUCCAAAUGUUUUUGAUGUGAAAAUGAGAAUUGAUUCUGAAUUUCAAAGACAUUUUUGUUUAGAUCUCAAUCAGUUUUAAUAAAGUCAUUUUCAUUCUAAACUAUUCUUUUUCCUCCUUCAAACUGAUUUUCGAUGGACAAAUAAGAAAAGUUAUUUGACUUUUUUUUAUCUUGAAUGAUAAUCAUAUGUUUUCAUGGGCCGAACAUAAUUAUUUUUCUUCUACAAUAAAACAAAUCAAUAAAUAAAGUGAAUCUUCUUGGAUGAAUUCAGCUCUCUAUUAGUUUAUAUUUACAAGUCAUCCGUGAAAAUAGAGCAACAGGGAUAAAAAUGUUUUCAGAAUGAAUUUGUUCAAGAAAAAACAUGAAUUAGGAAUUUCAUUUUGUUUCCAAUUCUUCUCUACUAUUCUUUCUAUUUUUCUUGUUUUUAGCUCUUUCAUUCAAUCAACCAAAGUUUGGUCCAACACCCAUUUGGGAUUCAAAUGGAAUUACUAUUGCUAAUCAAUCUAUUGUUGGCUCCAAUCCUAAAGCCAUUUUUGUGAGCACAAACAACACAAUCUAUGUCGCUAAUCGAGAUGACAAUACAGUUGUAAUGUGGCAAGAAGAGAGUAUCGAUCGAACAAAGAUCAUCCGUGGUAAUUUUACAAGACCUUGGUCUCUCUUUGUUACAUCGAAUGGUGAUAUUUAUAUUGGUGACGGCGAGAAGAAUGGUCGAGUGCAGAAAUGGAUAGCAGAAACAAAUAUCUUUGUCACAGUGAUGAAUGUCGACUCGUCAUGUUAUGGUUUGUUUGUCGAUAUUAAUGAUACUCUUUACUGUUCAAUGUAUAAUCAUCAUCAAGUAACGAAAAGAUCAUUAAAUGAUUCUCUGAUGACAUCAACUCGUGUUGCUGGUGGAACAGGUAUUAACGGAUCAGCUUCGAAUCAACUCUUUAAUCCUACUGGAAUUUUUGUCGAUGUGAAUUUGGAUUUAUAUGUGGCAGACUGUAGUAAUGAUCGAGUUCAGUUGUUCCAGUUGGGAAAAUCAAAUGCUAUCACAGUAGCUGGAAAUACAUCACUAAAUUCAACAAUUACACUUUUUUGUCCUAGUGGAAUUAUAUUAGAUGCUGAGAAAUAUUUAUUCAUUGUGGAUAAUAACAAUCAUCGAAUUGUUGGUUCAAGCUUGAAUGGUUUUCGAUGUUUAGUUGGAUGUUAUGGAAUGGGUUCACAAUCCAAUCAAUUAAAGAAGCCAUUUAGUUUUAGUUUCGAUCGUUCUGGAAACAUAUUUGUUACUGAUCAAGACAAUCAUCGAAUUCAAAAAUUUUUAUUAAUGAAAGAUUCUUUUGCUCUUUCAUUCAAUCGACCAAAGUUUUGUUCAACAGCCACUUGGAAUUCCAAUGGAAUUACUUUUGCUAAUCAAUCGAUUGUUGGUGAAUAUCCUGUCUCCAUUUUUGUGAACGCAAACAACACAAUCUAUGUCGCUAAUCGAGAUAGUAAUACAGUUGUAAUGUGGCAAGAAAAGAGUGUCAAUCCAACAAAGAUUAUUUCUGGUAAUUUUAAAGGGCCCGCUUCGCUCUUCGUGACAUCAAAUGGUGAUAUUUACAUUGAUGAUGGAUAUGAGGAUGGUCGAGUGCAGCGAUGGAUUGCAGCAACAAAAACCUUUGUCACGGUGAUGAAUGUCAACUCAUUCUGUACUGGUUUGUUUGUCGAUAUCAAUAACACUCUUUACUGUUCAAUGAGCGACUAUCAUCGAGUAGUGAAAAGAUCACUAAAUGAUUCUCUGAUGACUUCAACUCGUGUUGCUGGUGGAACAGGUAUUUCCGGAUCAGCCUCGAAUCAACUCAAUAGUCCUGUUGGAAUUUUUGUCGAUGUGAAUUUGGAUUUAUAUGUGGUAGAUUAUGACAAUGAGCGAGUUCAGUUGUUCCAAUCGGGAGAAUCAAAUGGUAUCACAGUAGCUGGAAGGGCAUCACUAAAUCCAACAAUUACACUUAAUUAUCCGACUGGAAUUAUAUUAGAUGCUGAGAAGUACUUAUUUAUUGUGGAUAAUAACAAUCAUCGAAUUGUUGGUUCAAGCUUGAAUGGUUUUCGAUGUUUAGUUGGGUGUUAUGGAGAGGGUUCACAAUCCAAUCAAUUGAGUGGUCCAUUCAGUUUUAGUUUUGAUCGUUCUGGAAACAUGUUUGUUACUGAUCAAGAGAAUCAUCGAAUUCAAAAAUUUCAAUAUUAUGAAGAAUCAUGUGGUAAGUUUAGAAUAAUUGAAUAA